GAAACUGAAUAGUGAAAAAGUUUCUGUUGGAUUCUAACAAUAAUUAAAGUCAUAACUAUUUUCAACUUACAACCUCUCGGCUGGAUUUUUCUUCUCUCUCUACAUUUUACAUUUUACAUUCGCAAUGACACAGAUUUAUUUCGGAUUGAUUGCUUCUUUUCUUAUGGCGGGAAUGUUUGGUCAGGUAGAUAAUACUGAUCCUUUAACAGUUGCUGCGUUACAAACUUCUGAUCUAAACGAUAAUACCAAGUUUAAGGCAUGCAACGUCCAACUAAAAAACCUUGAGGAAUCGAUGGGAAACUUGAAUAUCAGCUUGAAAUCUGAAAUUGCAAUAAUUAAUAAGAAGCUACCUAAUAUUCAAGAUUUGAUUAGUAAUCAUACAGCAAUUAAAACGAGUUUGAAAGCAAAACUACUAGAAUUAGAAACAGCGAUAAAAAAAAAACAACAAAGACAGGAAAAAAUUGAACAAGGACUGAACAAUUCAAUGGCAAUUCAAAAAAAAUUGGAAACAAACGAAAAACUCCUUCCUGAGGGCACUCAUAACCAAUCUGUUGGUCAAGCAGCAGUCCAUCAUCCGAGAAUUGCAUUUUUGGCGCAACGUACUACUGGCUUCAAUUCAAAGGGUUCCAUUAUCCCUUACGAAAAAAAUGCGCUAAACUUGGGCAAGGCUUUUGAUAUAGCCACGGGCUUAUUUCACGUUCCAGUAGCGGGUGUCUACCACUUUUACUUCGCAGCACUCAAAAUGAAACGAGAAGUUUCCGGAACCAGUUCCCUUACGGUUCAGUUGAAGAGAACUGACACGGAAACUAUGUUGGCAGAAAGCCAUGUCAAUUCUAAUGAUUGGUACGGUUGGUUUCCAGUACAGUUGCAAGUAACCGUUUAUUUGGAAAAACACAACGUUAUUGGAGUAAAGUUAGCGGAAGGUUCAAUUUAUCAAAGCAGUGAUGCGACUCACCCUCUUACCAGUUUUGGAGGAUUCCUUGUUAGUCGAGGCAAUUAAUUGCUUGACUUAGAUAAUAAUAAAUAGAUAAUAGGUAAGUGAUAAAUGUAAUUGGUAAGCAAUAAAUGUCAAUAUUUUAUUGACAUUUAAUUAUUACUUUCCUUUUACAUUUAUUACUUUACCUAUUAAAUUUAUUACUUUUAUCUUUUAACUACUACAUUUACCUUUUUUAACUACUAUAUUAUCACUUUUAACUUCUACAUUUUUCUUUUUUAACUACUACAUUUAUCAUUUUUAACUACUUCUUUUAUCACUUUUUUACAUUUAUUGCUAGACUAGAAAGUUGAAACCCAUUUUGUAUUGGUUGAUCAAUGAAAUAAAUCUG